AUGCUCAAACAAUCUUUUUUUAAUUGCCCAAAGGCGAUGCGUCGCGAUGCCCUCACACCCCCCAACAAGCAAGCAAGGAAGGAAACCUCAUCAUUAAUGUCAAUACACAGACACCCAUCCCAUCGGGUGCUGUCUCAAAUACUAGGUCCCGACAAACUAACCAAACGAGCCUACAUAAUCCCAAACAAAUAUACCAGUGCCAGUACACUAUCCUAACCUUCAACUAUCUACCUCCGGGAUAUGCAAUUGGUAGGAUCCGGAUCUUGGUAGACUAUCGCUCUCCCGAGCUGUCAGAUUUCGGUGUUUCGAGUAUCUCAGGCAAUGCUGAGCCGGCCGGUCGGUCUGAGGCCAGAGUAUGCUUAGAGGAGCGUGGUACAUUAAGUGGUUUGCUCCCUGCGUUGGUGGGGUUAAAGGGGAACUUUGGGCCUCGUGGUUUCGGUCUCGUGGCAUAUAUGCAGACAUUUACUUUGCAUCAU